AUGAACGACCUCACGUUCCUCGACAAAGAGCUGGCCAACGAGUACAGCACCAGCGAUGCGACUCUGAAAGCAGUCCUGCCUGGCGGCAAAGUCAUACACAUCUCGGACAACAUCUGUCCACUCAAAGUCCUGGACGUCUGCCCGCUGCUCUACUACAGUUUUGAGUACAACUCGCAAAACCAGCUUCAAGCAAGCAUUGAGGCUUCGUCUGAAAGUGCCGUUGUAUCGCUCGCCAGAUACUGCUACACUGGCAGCUAUCUUGCAAGUGAACCAGAUGGGGACACUAUCCUGCUUCUACCGCAUGCGGAGACGUACAAGAUCGCCGAGGAUUUCGAUGUACCAGAACUUCAGAUCAUGGCACAUGGCAACUUUUCCUGUCAAAUCGAGUACGCUUGCUGCCUGCCGAAACCGCCAAAAGACCUUCUUGACACAAUACGAUUUGUAUACCGAUACUUUGCCAGUGAAGAAGCGCGCUGGGAACACAACCUCGUCGAUACACUGCUCAACUACUGUGUCGCAGUCUACCUUUACCACAAACUUGGAGAGAGUUUGGACUUCUUGACAGCCGUUCACGAGGUCGCAGCCUUUCGUCAAGACCUUUGCCGGACGAACAUUGCGCGAAACUUCAAGGAUGACUGUGCUGCAGACAUCAUUCGCUUGCCUUCAGGCUUUUUCGCUGAGCCAAGCAAUCCCCCUACUAUGCUGUCGUCCCGCGAUCUGCCGAGCGAGAUGUUGUACGAAAAGCCUUGCAACACUACAACCACCGACCUGGCAAUCGCCGAACCAAGCAGUAGUUCAGUUCCGUUGUCGUUCCGCCAAAGAACACCGGGCACAGAUAUCUUCCGUCGCGAGAUUCCACACCCUUCAAAGCAUAGUGUCUCGCCGUCUGCACUCACGGCUGCACUCGAGAGGUACAGCGUAAACGCGUCUCCAGACACUGAGCAAGCUACUGCAGAAGAAACAUUGCGCAAGUACAAGCGCGCAAGAAUUGACGAAACGUUGGUGAGGCUACCAGGGAGAGCGGUGCUUCCUGAGGGCAGCCCACCAAAUACAUACUGUUGGAAGGAGAAGAGACCUGCAACUAUCAAAGUAGAGCCCGCUUCUGCCGCGGGCGAAGGGUCCUAUUGGCAGGGCGCGUUUGAGGGAGAGAUGCAAACCUUCAAAGUUGCCACAGAGGGUACAUCUCACAGUGCCCGUCGAUUGCUCUUUGAGUAUGGACGCCGUAACGUCCGAUCUGAACCGGAGACAUCGCCAAGCCCACCAAUGGUCGACAGCAAUGCAGCUACCACGCUGCCUCACAGAACUCGCACUGUCAAGCGUAAAUCCGACGUGAACACCACAGGCGAUAUCACAAGUGAGGACGAAGGUUUCGCUAUGGUGCACCAUACCAAGGCGAUUGCAAACGCUGUCUCACACAGUCCGAUGUCCAGCCCUGAGCUUGUACCUGCAGCCUCGAUUGCUCAAAUUUCAAGUGAUGAUGUGGCUUCCAGCGACGACGAUUGGACCAUGAUAUAG